AUGGAGCAGGGAGUGUAUUUGGUCUCUUUGCUUCAUGUGAGUUUUGAGUCCUUCUUUUGUCAUAUUAUUUGAUAUUUUUGGUGUUUUGUCAAAGUUGGAGAGGGAAAAUGAGGUUUUUCAUGAAUAAUAUAGGCCUAAAACAAAGUAAAUCUCAUUUUUCUCACAAGCUCAUGACUAUAUUAGGAUGAAAUUAGUAUUUAUGGAUACCCCACGACAUAAGUGAUCUAAAAAUAUUAAAAAUUGCGGUUUCAGCUAUCCAUAGCAUUUGGUAUAGGCUCCGUAUGGACAUUGGUGCUGACCUGCGGUAAGAAGAAAAAGAAGCAGAUAGAAAUUAAGAAAGAUGACAAAUCAGUGCCGACGGUGGAGGUAACAAAAAUCUUUUUUUUAAAUGGCAAGAACUUUCUUUACAGAACAAGAAAUGGCAAAAACUUUCUUUACAAAACAAAACAUUGCAAAAACUUUCUUUACAAAACAAAAAAUGGCAAGAACUUUCUUUACAAAACAAAAAAUGGCAAGAACUUUCCUUACAAAGCAAAAAAUGGCAAGAACUUUCUCUACAAAGCAAACAUGGCAAGAACUUUCUUUACAAGACAAAAAAUGGCAAGACCUUUCUUUACAAAGCAAAAAUGGCAUGAACUUUCUUUACAAAGCGAUAAAUGGCAAGAACUUUGUUUACAAAGCAAAAAACGGUUUUUUCUUAAAUUUUGAAAAAAACAUGUUCCAUCGUACAACAUGUCACGUUUAGGCCCCUGUAAAAAAAGUAUCACCACAAAAGAAGAGUUCACGAGAGACACCAUCGAAAGAAAAGAAAGAGGAUGAGAAGGAAGAGGUGAAAGCGAACGACCCUAAGAAAGAAGUAAAAGAAGAGCCAAAACCCGAGGAGAAAAAAGAAGAAAAGGAAAAAGAAAAGGAGGGGAAGAGCAAAGAAGGGAAAGAAAAGGAAAAGUCCAAGAAGUCGAAGAAGGAAAAGCAAAAGUCCAAGAAGAGCACCAAGGAGUCGGAAGAGAAACCUCCCCCCUAUAAGAAAGAACCGCCCAAGCCCGCGGCACCACCUCCGCCUAAAAAUCCUGCUGUAAGUUUUUUUGGAUUUUAGUGGGCUUAAAAAUUAUUUUUAUUAGUUUUAGAAGAUUUAGUUUUGGUUAGACUCAAAGUUUUCAUGGUGAGAUUAAAAAUUAUAGGAAAGUUGGGUCUUGACACGAAAACAUGAAAAGCUAUGUUGUUAAGAAAUGUGUUUAAAUUAAAUUUUUAUAACUUAAAGAAGUUUUUAGAAAUUGAAAAUUACCUAUAUGGUGCAGUUUUUAGGGUUUUGAAACCAAAUCUUGGGACCCACCACGAAAACAUGAAAAUGUAUAAUACGGUUAGAAAUCGGUCCAAAUUGAAUUUUAAUGGCUUGAUCAAGUUUUUAGAAAUUGAAAAUUACUUAUAUGGUGCAGUUUUUAGGGUUUUGUGACUAAAUUUUGGGUCCCACCACGAAAACAUGAAAAGUUAUAAUUUUGGUUAGAAAUAAGUUCAAUUUGAAUUCUGAAGGCUAGAAAAGUUUUUAAAGUUGAAGAUAUUUUACAUGUUACUGUUUUUUGAGCUUUAUGAUUAAAUUUUGGGUAUCCCCACGAAAACAUGAAAAGCUAUAAUUUGAUUAGAAAUGGGUUCAGGUUUUGAAUUUUAAGGAUUGAAAAAGUUUUUAAAAGCCGAAUAUUUUUUAUAUGGUGCUUUUUUUGGGUUCUUAUUAGCCCUAGGUAAAUAAAAUGCGGGUCUCACCACGAAAACAUAAAAUCUCUUAAAAGUGCGCUAAGAUGCUGUUUUUUGGUAUUUUUAAUGGUUUGAUGGAUCUAAGCAACUUUUUUCAAAGUCACUUUUUUAAAUUAAAUUUUUUUAAAUUAAAAAAUUUUUUAAGUUUUCAAAAUUUAAAUUUUUCGAAUUCCAGGCAGACGCAAAGAAGCCGGACGACGAUGGGGACGACGAAGACGACGACGAUGAAACCCUGCGCAACGUGCAAUCGCUCAAAAAAGACCCGAACGCGCCCGACUCGGUGGACGACGCCGAAAAGAAGUGA